CUUCUUUUCAGGCAAAAUGGAAAUCUUUGUGGUAUUUGUGGUGGCACUGACCUUCUUUGGGACACAAUCUUUGGGAAAUGAGGUUUACAACAUCAUCAGCCCAACUGACAAAGGUGGCCAAAUUCAGGAGACGAUGACAAUUGACAAUGAAAAAAAUGCUGCCAUCAUUAACAUCCAUGCAGGAUCAUGCUCCUCUACCACCAUUUUUGACUAUAAACACGGUUACAUUGCACUCAGGGUGCUCUCCAGAAGAGCCUGCUACAUCCUGAAGAUGGACCACAAAGCCAUCCCUGCUCUGGACCAACUCAAACGGUACACCUUCGAGAGGAAGGCUUUGAACAGCAUGUUUUCGGACAAAUACAUCUGGGUCAAGUACAACCCACUGAAGUCUCUGAUCACAAAUGUGGAUUGGUUCCUGUUUGGAUCACCCAUCAGGCAGCUUUGUGAACAUGUCCCCUUAUAUCAGGGGGAAGUGGCUGAUAAGACACAUAAUAUUGGUGCUGGAGCCUGCGCAAAGGCUGGGCUCCUGGGCAUCUUGGGAAUUUCCGUCUGUGCAGAUGUUCACGUGUAAGGCAUUCAGCACACUGAUUUCAUCUUUUUAAAGAAAUACACCCUUGGUUUCCACUCAACAGCCAAAUUAAAUUUUUUCUUAAUGCCCCAACUAAUUUGGAGAUUCACUAGUAAAACAUGACUAGUAUAUUUAUAGAUAUCUGCGUGUUUGUUUUUGUAAACCACAAAGGGAAGUCAAACGAUGUUUGCAUCAAUAUAUGAAAGAAAUUGCCAGGAUUUCAAAUGAAGUGCAUAGUGUGAAAAUUCCCAGAUAAUAUAGGUGAGUUACAUACAGGCUGGUCAGUUAUGUGCAAGUCUCCACUUUUGCAUCUGUCACUUAAACCAGCUGCCCAUCUCUCCAUCCAACACAUUGAAGUAGCUUAGGUAGAGCAGGGGCUCAGGUGACAGUAACUUCUACCUGAUGAGUGGAAUAGUUUAUUUAUACCCUUUAAAGACAGCUUGCCUGAUCAGAUGAUGCAAACUUUAUAUAUAAAGUUUAUGUUAUCAAGUAUACCUUCUGACAAAGUCCCCAACUUUGAAGGCCAUUUAUAUAACUCUUAGUUCAUCAAAUUAGUAGACUCAACUGUAAUAAACACUAUCAUGACAUAUUUCAUCCCAGAGUGUGGAGAGAGAGAGGGAGAAACACCUAUCACCUAGAGAGAGAUACAUAUUCCUGAAAAGUUUUACAGGAGUGAGGACUUGAUUGGGAGUAUCAAGUCAAUGUAGGAGGAAAACAAUUUCUAACAUUUCAUAUAAAUUGCAAAAGGUGGGCAAAUUUCCAGUGCAUAUAAUUAAAUUCUCACAUGGACUGGUCAGCGAAUGCAAGUUCAGAACAAAGAGGAACUACUUUAGCAAGAAUCUCUAUCGUCAAUUGCUCCUAUUUCUAACAUCUACUCCUUAAUAACCAUUAGCACCAAGAUAGAUAUGCUGGCAAAACUACCAUAGUAAAGAAAGCUAUUUUCUUGUUAGGCAAUGAGUCAUUUAUAUAAAACCACUUGAUAACAGCAGUAAGGAGUGUAUAAUA